AUGGAUAUCUGGGUGCAAUCUGUUGGUGGAAAGAAAAAAGGAAGAGUCAAAGGUCUUGACUCCCUAGGUCAAAGUGUAAAGACCACUAACAGUUCAACAUCAACUUUUCCAAAAGAAAUUGAUGAGAUGAUUAAGUCUCAGGUUGAUGCUUCAAAUGCUGAUUUGUAUGCUCAACUGCAGAAUGAGCAAAAGAAAAAUAAGAGGAUGAGAAAGGAAUUACACUUGUUGAUGAAGCAUGUCUACAACAAAUCAUCUUCAAAUGAUGAACGUCUGUCUCAAGAAGACUACCAAGAUUAUGAGGAUGAAAGUAAUGAUGAAUCUAACGACGUGAAUCAAAGUUAUAAUCCCGAUAACGUGAAUAAAAGUGAUUCUGAUCCUGAUGGUUGGUAG